GACUGUGGACACAGUACAGGAGAUGACCAGAGACUGCGGACACAGUACAGGAGAUGACCAGAGACUGCGGACAGUACAGGAGAUGACCAGAGACUGCAGACAUAGUAAAGGAGAUGACCAGAGACUGCAGACAGUACAGGAGAUGACCAGAGACUGCGGACACAGUACAGGAGAUGACCAGAGACUGACUGCGGACACAGUACAGGAGAUGACCAGAGACUGCGGACAGUACAGGGGAUGACCAGAGACUGCAAACACAGUACAGGAGAUGACCAGAGCCUGCGGAUACAGUACAGGAGAUGACCAGAGCCUGCGGAUACAGUACAGGAGAUGACCAGAG